ACAAUGCUGGACCUUUUUGUCAUCUUCUCAAAAGGUGGGAUCGUUUUCUGGUGCUUUCAAGGCGCUAAUCUGGCCAUCGCACAGCCAGUCAACGCGUUGAUCAAAAGCGUCAUUCUUCAGGAGCGCGGUGGCGGCAAUGGCUUUAACCACGAAUCUCUCAAACUCCAACACAAGCUGGACAACGAAUUUGAGCUUGUCUUUGUGGUUGGUUAUCAGAACAUUCUACAAUUGAGUUACAUUGACCGUCUCUUAGACGACAUGCAGAGGGCGUUUCGGGAGCGUUUUAGGGUCGCUUUGGAGAACGGCACAUACAAUCAUAGCUUUGAUUUUGAUGACGACUUUCGUGUUUUGCUUAAACGGUGCGAGAACGAAGAGAGAGAACGAGUGACACAGAAGAAAGUGAUGCGAACGUUUGAACAGUCAAUCAAAUAUACAAAAUCUAAAGAAGGUGCGAAGAUGGAUCCUCUUGUGAACAAACAACCAGUGAAAGUCGAAGAAUUAAAAGUUGAGAAUGAGAUGCUUUCUGAUGAUGAUGAUCGGAAGCUGAAGAAGUUGGCUAAAUUGACUAAGCGGGGUAAAGGGCCGGGCCCUAGGGGAAGAGGGACACAAAGUAAAACAAAGAAACAAGAAGCAACAAAACCAGCUAGCACUGAGAAAAAGGGUAAAGUAGCUCGUGUAUGGGACAAUGCUGGAACAGCCAGUGAGGCUGGAAGUCUUGAUUUCUCCAAUACUGAUCAAUUAAAUGGAGAAACACACGAGAAAGCAAGCGGCAGCGCCGGAAAUGAUGUAAAUAAAAUGGUGGGAAGCAUGAAGGGUGAGCUGCAGUCUGUAGGAGAAGUGGAAUCUGAAGAAGAAGAAGAGGAGGAGGAGGAGGAGGAGGAAGUUGAAGUCGAGUUAGCAAGCCAAACAAAAAGUGGUGCCAAGCAAUCAGGAAAAAGCAUUACAGGUGGACUAUUUUCCUUCUUCAAAGGCCUUGCGGGUGGCAAGACACUCACCAAGCAAGACGUCUCUCCAAUCUUGGAGAAAAUGAAGGAACAUCUGAUUGCAAAAAAUGUUGCUACUGACAUUGCUGAUCAGCUGUGUGGUUCAGUUGCUACUAAACUGGAAGGAAGAGUGUUGGGGACGUUCAGUGGUGUCACAUCGACCGUCAAGGCCAGUCUUCAUGAAUCUCUCAUGCAGAUUCUCUCUCCGCGCCGUCGAGUUGACAUUCUCAGAGACGUGAUGGAGUCGAAAAAGAAAGCCAAACCGUACGUCAUCACGUUCUGCGGAGUCAACGGAGUCGGGAAAUCAACAAACCUGGCAAAGGUUUGUUUUUGGCUUCUUGAUAACGGUUAUCGCGUCCUUGUGUCUGCAUGUGACACGUUCCGAGCCGGAGCCGUUGAGCAGCUCCGCACUCACCAUCGCUCACUCGCUGCCAUUCACAGUCCCGACAACGAGACAGAUCCUCCUCGUGUGAUGCUGUACGAAAAAGGCUACGGGAAGGAUGCGGCGUCGAUUGCAAUGGAUUCGAUACGAUAUGCACGAGAUGCCGGAUUUGAUGUUGUGCUGAUUGAUACAGCAGGCAGGAUGCAGGACAACGAACCGUUGAUGAGAGCAUUGGCAAAGCUGAUUAAGUUCAAUUCUCCUGAUCUUGUUCUAUUUGUCGGAGAGGCUCUCGUCGGCAAUGAAGCUGUUGAUCAAUUGACCAAGUUCAACCGCGCUCUAGCUGAUCAUUCGAAUGAAAAGACUCCGCGGUUGAUUGAUGGUAUUCUCCUCACAAAGUUUGAUACAAUUGAUGAUAAGGUUGGAGCUGCCAUCUCGAUGACCUACACAACAGGGCAACCGAUCGUGUUCGUCGGCACCGGUCAGACAUACACCGACCUGAAGAGUCUCAACCCAAAAGCAGUCGUCAAUGCUCUUCUCAAAGCAUAAAAUCACGCAUCAACGUGGAGACUACAAUGAUCACGUGGUUAUCACGUGAGUAAAUUUCUUAGUUGGAUACAUAGGAGUGUGUGUUCUGUACUCUUGAGUAUCCUUGGAUGAAGUAGAUUAUGUGAUAGUUAUGUAUGUGAUAUGAAGCAAUUAAUUAAGUUUGGAUAUUGGCUGUAACAAGAUGUAGUG